UCAACUUUGACGAUAAUAACUCAGACAAGAAUAAACCACACGCAAAUACGCAUUUAUUAAGUCUGGGCUAGACAUUAUAAACCCUUAUCUUAUCUUUCUAGAACAAAAAUUUAAAUUUUCAAAAAAUGAAACGCUUAAAAAAGUACCAAAUUGUUGCAAUUGCAGCUAUUAUGGUUUGUUUUUUGGGAGCCCUCCUUUAUUUUAUUUUAACUUCCUCUAAGGCAAGCACCGCAAAACCCCACAUUAUUAUUAUCAUAGCCGACGAUUUGGGCUACAACGAUGUUAGCUUCCACGGUUCGGCCCAAAUCCCCACCCCCAACCUGGCCAACCUGGCCACAAAGGGCAUAAUCCUGGACCGGUUUUACACCCAAGCGACUUGUACCCCUUCUCGGACCGCCCUUCUCACUGGAAAUUACCCAAUCAGAUCGGGCAUGCAGGGCUACCCUCUCAAGGCGGGCGAGAACCGGUCCCUACCCCAAAACAUGCCCACAAUGCCUCUCCAUUUCAAAAAUUUGGGCUACAAGACACAUCUUGUGGGUAAAUGGCAUUUAGGGGCGGCUUAUAGACAGGAUACCCCAUUGGGGAAAGGAUUUGAUAGUCAUUUCGGGUACUGGAAUGGGUUCGUGGGGUAUUUUGACUACUUGGCGUUCAGUAAAAUGGAUAAUGGGACGUUGAUUAAAGGGUUGGAUUUGCAUGACCAGUUUGAGCCGGUUUGGGGUAGUCAAGGGAGGUACGCAACUGAGUUGUUUACUGAGAAAAGCUUGGAGAUUAUUGAGAGGCAUGAUGUGGGGGUACCCCUUUUCAUGGUCGUGUCCCAUUUGGCCGCACAUACGGGUCAAAACGGGACAGAAUUAGGGGUCCCCGAUGUCGACCAAACUAACCACAAAUUCGCAUAUAUUCAAGCCCCCAGACGCAGACUUUAUGCCGAAAUUGUGAGCCAAUUGGACGCUUCCAUUGGCCGAAUUUUGGCCAAACUUGACGAAAAACAAAUGCUUGACAAUUCAAUCGUUUUGUUUUUCUCAGACAAUGGGGCCCAAUCGGUUGGAAUGUAUGAAAAUUCCGGCUCGAAUUGGCCCCUACGAGGGGUCAAAUUUUCCGACUUUGAAGGUGGGGUACGCGUGGCAGCCGCCAUUUAUAGCCCACUUUUGCGGAAAAUGGGCUAUGUGAGCGACCACCUGAUCCACAUCACCGACUGGUUGCCCACUCUGUUCUCCGCCGCGGGUGGGGAUGUAGCCCAAUUGGGCAAAAUCGAUGGGAUUGACCAAUGGGACGCCUUGAGCAACAACAACCCAUCAAACCGUUCCGAAAUCCUGGUCAAUAUUGACGAAGUCGACAAUAAUUUUGCCAUAAUUUGGGACAAAUUCAAACUACUCCAAGGCAGUUACAAUGAGGGUCUUUUCGAUCAGUAUUAUGGCGAAAGUGGCCGAGAGCCGGAAAAUCCGACCCCAAACCCGAAUGAGACCACCGUGGACUUGUCUUGGUGCAGAACCCCAAACCAGACCCCAAUUUUAAAUUGCACGGGGGGCUGUCUCUUCGAUUUGGACAAAGACCCGUGCGAGACAACAAACAUUAUCGAUUCAGAACCAGAAAUAGCCAAACAAUUAUACGAGAAAAUCGAAAAGUUUUGGAAGGAGUUGGUACCCCAAAGAAACAAAGACACCGACCCAAAAUCAGACCCCAUUUUCUACAACAACACGUGGUGCACGUGGCUUGAGGACGCCUGGUGUUACAAAACCACAAAUAUUGAGCGAAUUAGUUGAUAAUUUUGUAAAAAUUUGUUAAUAAUGAAUAAAAGUAUAGGCACUUUAGUACA